AUGGGAAGCAACUGCUGUAAGGGCGAAGCUGGCGCCCAGGUUUACAAAGGCAAUGGCACCGAAAUAUCCAUUGGACCUCGGCUCCGGAAAAGCCCCGUUUAUGCGGAAAUGAUGCGCGAGGAAACAUUCCAAGUGGACGAGACGCCACACAUUGGAGCACCAUUCUUUCUGCGGAAGCUGACCGAUUACACGGUGCUGGUGGGGACGAAGGCGAAACUAUCUGUGCACGUUUCCAACACCAAAGACGUCAAGGUUACAUGGUUAAAGGACGAUGCGCCUAUAUCGACAACGGAUCGCUACGUCUGCACUAGCGUGGGGCAGCUGCACUCACUCGAAAUGGCCACUGCACUACCCGAGGAUAGUGCCAAGUGGUCUUGUGAGGCUGGCAAUUCGUUGGGCAAAUGUGUAUGCAGUGGGCAGCUCACAGUGCGCGUCCCAGAAACAUACAAAGCCCCCGAAUUCGUGGAUGAGCUGCGGGCGAUUCUCACGAGCCAGGGAACGAUCUCGCUCGAGUGCAAAGUGAUCGGCUAUCCGACCCCCGAAUUGCGCUGGUUCAAGGAUUCGAACGAAAUCAAAGCAGGGGACAUGUUUGGCUUGACCAUCAACGGAGGCGAUCUAGCGUCGCUUGGAGUGUACACCUGUGUCGCCACGAACUGUGUCGGGAAAAGCAGCUCCAGCUCGAAGGUGCGCGUCCAGGAGCCGGACACACUGCCGAAAGCGAAAGCAUCGGACAAAAUUUCACCAGUUUUUGUUGAAGAACUCGAACGAAUAAAAGGAAAAAUCGGGGACCGGAUGGAGCUACGCUGCAAAAUUAAUCCGUCGGCUGUGCCGGUAAGCGUUAGGUGGUACAAUCAAAGUGGCCUCAUCGAAGCAAACGAAAAGUACUCCAUGUUCGACGACGGUUUGGGGUGCUUUCUGGUUGACAUUACCGCGGCGGAGCUGUGCGAUGCGGGGGAAUGGAAGUGUGUCAUUACCUGCAAAGAUGGUCUCAUCGGAAUUACAUCGAACGUAGUGGAACUAGACGUGCCCAGGAACUACCGUGCGCCACGGUUCAUGGAGGGACUGAAGGCGGUUCUUACGGAGGAAGGACUCGUAUCGUUCGAGUGCAAGGUAAUUGGAUAUCCGACUCCCAUUCUGCGCUGGUACAAAGACGGUAAGGAGUUGAAACCGGGAGAUGUGUACCAUUUGACCGGGGUAAACUCACUCGGCUCGUACUGUUGCGUGGCCCGCAACAGUCUGGGCGAAGCGUCGAGUACCACUUUUCUCUCGGUGAACGAUAUCAAGGCUCAGUUGAACGAGGAAGAAUGGCUGAGCCUGCUGCAAGUGAACCAGUCACCAACGUUCAAGACGGGACUGAUCAGUCGUGAUGUGUGCAUUGCCGAGCCGUUCCGAAUGUCGGUUGUGGUCAACUCAGUGUCAAAGCCGACGGUUAACUGGUACAAGGACGAUCUGGUUGUGGAGAGUUCCGAAAACUAUCAACUGUCGUCCGACGACAGCACCUACACCUACUCCAUCGACGUGGUUGUGGCACAGCUCGACGAUCAGGGAGAGUGGAAGUGCGUGGCUACCAACGAGUUCGGACAGGCGGGCACGUCCUGCUUCGUGAAGCUCAUCAUACCGAAGCACUACCGCAAACCGAAAUUCCUCGAGAACCUGAAGGCGGUAAUGCUGCGUGAUGGGACGGUGAAUUUGGAGUGCAAAGUCAUCGGAGUUCCGCAGCCCGUGCUGAAGUGGUACAAGGAUGGUACGGAGUUGAAACCGGGCGACAUCCACCGCAUCAUCACCGGUCAGGACGGUAAAUGUUGUCUCGGGACGUACACGUGCGAGGCGGUGAACUGCAUGGGCUCGGUUAGUAGUACGGCUUCGCUGCACGGGUACGAUGGUAUCGCCGACGAAGGUCCAUUACCUCCCGAAGGGCUCGGUGGGCUCGUUAAGGAUGCGUCGCUGUCGACGAUACACGAGGAACGAACCUCGGAGAUGUUCGACACGGCCGCAUCGUAUAAAAGCGCGGGGAGCAGUAGCCGCGGCGAGAUAUCGUUCACCUUCGACGGUAAGGAGGUUUCCGUGUCGUUAUACGAAACGCCCGAGCUCACCAACGACGAGGCCUUGCAGAUCGUGCAGAUGUUCGCCGAUCAGUUGCAUCAGAACAUCAACGAGAAUGAGAACGUCACCACCAUGCCUUCGUUGCGGUUCGUUAAGGAAACGUCCACCUCGGGCCAGUUGGUAAUGGAAGCUUUGGUCAUCGAUGUGCCCGUCGUGGAAGAUACCAACCUACUGGAGGACGACCGGCGAACCGAUUUCGAUAUCGACGAAAUGGUCGAUGAAAAUACGUUCACCUUCGAGAGCGGCAUUGCCUCGUCGAAAGGGCGUGUGCAUCGGCGGAGCAGUCGCGAACAGGAUGAUUUCCGAAGCAUGUCCUCCUCGGAGCAUUCCGAUCUGGAGCGAGACGUCAUGAUGAGCAUCUUGAGCAGGGAUAGUCUUCCGGUGCUUACGAGCCCGGGCAAGACCACCGAUGCAGCCACCGGGGAUGACGCGAAGGAGCGGCUACUAUCCCUCAUCGAAACAGUGGUCUUUCACCUUGCGUCCAUCCGCGAGGAAGUUCGAAACCAAUCAGAUCUCGCCCUCUCGGUGAACUUCUCGGAGAGGAGCGAGAAAAUACUGACCGACGUACUGUAUCCGGUGCAGCAGUUACACAAACACCUUGCGACCACCGGUACGCACGAGGGUCUGCUGGACCCGUUGGAGCACCUAACUAGAGGCUUCAGUGUGAUUGAAAAGUGCGUCCAAAUCGGUGGAUACAGCCGAACGUUCGUCUACCGUACUAGUGUGUGCAUUGUGGAAGGUUGCGGCAAGCAGCUCCUCAACUGUCUCAGCGAUUUGCGAACCUUCCUGAGUCACCAGACGGAGGCUGACUUCGUCGUGCAGCAAAAGAUGUACAUGCUGAUAAUGGAAGUUCAGACAAGUCUGGAGUCCGCGUUGGAAAGUGUUAGAUCGCAGCGCAUACUACAGGAAACGGAUUCCGUGGCCGCCCUGCAGGAGCUAACGAGUAUCGUGACAACCCGAUCCAUUUUCGAAGAUAUCGAUUUCCUGCUAAAGUCCGAAGAGCCGUUCGGCUUGUUGCAGGUCAAAAACCUACAAAUAACGGUGCUGGAGUUUGAAAAAUCAUUGGCCACCAUUCUAACCAUCGUUUCGCAAUCCGACAACUGCAACGUGCGAUCGGAAAUCGCUAGAUUCGGCUUGACGGAAGUUCUGCUGGAACUGAAAAAUAAGACCGAAGCCUUGUUGGUACAGUGUACCGAAGAGCGAUUGCAGAGGAUCGUCGGCCGGGAAAUGAAACCAUCGGUAGUGGAGUUGGGCGGCCUGGUAGAGCUGAUUGAAUCGAAUGAAUCGUACGCCGAGGUGAUAACGUGCCUCAAUGAUAUGUUUGUGCCGUUGGAAGAGAUGAAAACGGCUUUGUCAAAGUUGUCGAGUGAAGUACGCCACGUUCCGGAACCGGAGUACAGCAGCAAUCAGGCUCUGGAGCAACAGAUUGAAGAAUUUUACGAGCUAAUCGUUCAUCUGAAGGAAGAAAUUCAGGGUGCUGCGAAAGACUUGUGCAGCAAGACGGAAACGCAGAAGGAGCUCCUAGAAACGAUUAGGAAAAACUUGAACACGCUUAAGGCGGACGCACGUAAUUUUAGGGCCCAAUGUCCCGUUAGCGCGCUACCUGAGAAAGAUGAUCUGUUGCUGGCCGCGUUUGAGCUGGUUAUCGAAAGACUGGCCCUCAAUCCUCUGCAGCUAGAUUCGAUAGACUACCUUAGGCUACUCGGCGACUCAUUGGCCCAGUUCUCCGGCCUGGUACGAAGACUUAGCGCCGGUCCAGCGGUUUCCGAUUGGUUACUACGUUAUCAGUUGCAGUUGUUGAAAAUCUUUGACACCAUCGAGUUUUGUCUCAGCGAGGAACAGUUUAUCGUGAUUGGCAGCAAGGAGAAGUACUGCAAAACAAGCACCCAAGAGGCCAUCCAUGCUGCCAAGCAGUUGAUUACGCAUUACAAAAUCACGAGCGAGCAGAAUGCGUCCACGAGGAAAGAGUCGGACCGUCACAUUCAGGUGGUUGCCGCGCGCCAAGGUUUGACUGAUACGGUGAACCAUGCCUCAGCCUCAGAGGUGCGGUCCAGUUCGCAAGCAACUGCUCAAAGAACCAUCCAUGAGACGAGCCAGCGUAGGCCACACUCACAGCAUCACCUCGCCGGGCGACAUGCCCGGACCAGGAGCCCGCUUAGCUUUACCGAUGAUAACCCCGAUCGCACGCCGCGAAGCUCGUCUCGGUGCAGCCUAGGAGCGCUGCCGUCUAAGCGAGGACCCUCGUUCGCGGUGUACCUGAAAAAUGUGUUCAUCGAACGAGACCACGGCUUCAAGCUGCUGUGCGUGGUGCUAGACGCGGAGAUCGACGUACGGUGGACGAAGGAUGCGAUCGAACUGCUCCCAUCGGCCCGGUACCGGAUUCAGCAGAAGAAUGGCCUAAUUACGCUGCAUGUUGAGCACGCCGACUACGAAGACUCGGGCGUCUAUGCGUGCCAUGUUUUCAACAACUAUGGCCAAUCGUUCAAUAAGUGCACGGUCGAGGUGUACGACACCAGCGAUGAUAUCAUCUGUCCGUCAUUCAGCAUACCGCGCAACAUGGACAAUGUGGAACUCAGUUUGAAAAGAUGUUGCUGCUCGUUGCACCAUACGGCCGUGACCUAG